AGGUAGGGAGGGGACAGGACUCAUGAAGACGUUGAGCUCUCUCCUCUGCUCUGUCCAUGCCUGACUGGUGUCCCCGCCCAUCCCCGUGACGUCAGGCCGGUGCCGGAAGUGACGCAGGUAGUGCGCGCCGCAGUGACACAGAGAAUCAGCGGAUAAUGGAGGAGAUCGGGGUGAUCACAGAGAAGAGCGGCGCCCAGGAUGAAGCCCCCUCCCUGGUGUCUUCACGCCCAGUUACGGCGCUCUCUUUUCUUGGUCCAGAGCCUGAAGAUUUGGAGGAUUUAUACAGUCGGUAUAAGAAACUACAACAGGAGUUGGAAUUCUUAGAGGUUCAGGAGGAAUAUAUUAAGGAUGAGCAGAAGAACCUGAAAAAGGAGUUCCUGCACGCCCAGGAGGAGGUGAAGCGCAUCCAGAGUAUCCCGCUGGUCAUCGGGCAGUUCCUGGAGGCUGUGGACCAGAAUACUGCGAUUGUAGGGUCCACAACUGGAUCCAAUUACUAUGUGCGGAUACUAAGCACCAUCGACCGGGAACUGCUGAAGCCGAACGCCUCGGUUGCGCUCCACAAGCACAGCAAUGCACUGGUAGAUGUCCUCCCCCCAGAGGCUGACAGUAGUAUCAUGAUGCUCACGUCAGACCAGAAGCCGGACGUGUUAUAUUCGGACAUUGGAGGCAUGGACAUCCAAAAGCAGGAGGUCAGGGAGGCCGUGGAGCUGCCACUAACACACUUUGAGCUCUAUAAGCAGAUCGGUAUUGAUCCUCCCCGUGGAGUUCUGAUGUACGGUCCUCCUGGUUGCGGCAAGACCAUGCUGGCCAAAGCUGUGGCCCAUCACACAACAGCUGCUUUCAUCCGUGUGGUGGGCUCAGAGUUUGUCCAGAAGUAUCUGGGUGAGGGUCCUCGCAUGGUACGGGACGUUUUCCGGCUCGCCAAAGAGAAUGCUCCCGCCAUCAUAUUUAUCGAUGAAAUUGAUGCUAUCGCCACUAAGAGAUUUGAUGCUCAGACAGGAGCUGACCGCGAGGUGCAGAGAAUUCUCCUGGAGCUCCUCAACCAGAUGGAUGGGUUUGAUCAGAAUGUCAAUGUGAAGGUCAUCAUGGCCACAAACAGAGCGGACACUCUGGAUCCAGCUCUCCUGCGUCCCGGCCGCCUGGACCGUAAAAUAGAAUUCCCUCUGCCGGACCGCAGGCAAAAACGUCUCAUCCUGUCCACCAUCACCAGCAAGAUGAACCUGUCUGAAGAGGUGGACCUAGAAGACUAUGUCGCUCGUCCUGAUAAGAUCUCUGGAGCAGAUAUUAACUCAAUCACUCAAGAGGCCGGCAUGCUCGCAGUACGGGAGAAUCGUUACAUAGUGUUGGCCAAGGACUUCGAGAAAGCGUACAAAACUGUCAUUAAGAAGGAUGAACAAGAACACGAAUUCUACAAGUAACCAUUUGCCGCAAGUGACGACAUCCCUGCCUUUCCCGUCUUCUCACUUUAUCAUAGUACAAUUGGACAUUAUGUUGAAUAAAAGGCUCUUGAAA